AUGGGUGAGAAAGCAAACAUACCCAUAUUUCAAUCGUUGACACAUGAGUGUGGAGUAUUUGGAGCGAUUGGAACGGGCGAAUGGCCUACGCACUUAGACAUACCGCAAGUUAUCUGCCUGGGGUUGGUUGCGUUGCAGCACCGAGGACAGGAAUCCGCCGGAAUCGUAACCAGCGAAGGCAUCUGUGCGAGGAAUUUCAGCGUCCACAAGGGGAUGGGCAUGAUCAAUAACAUAUUCACGGAUGAUUCGAUGAAAAAGCUCAAGGGUAAUUUGGGUAUCGGACAUACGAGGUACUCGACUUCAGCCGCUAGCGAGGAAGUAAACUGUCAACCUUUUGUGGUACAUACGGCUCAUGGAGCACUGGCCGUAGCACACAACGGAGAACUUACUAAUUGCGAAAGUUUACGAAGAGAUGUGCUAUCGCGAGGUGUUGGCCUAUCUACGCACAGCGAUUCGGAACUAAUUACUCAAGCUUUGUGCCUAAAUCCACCGGAUGGAGAAGACAACGGACCGGACUGGCCCGCCCGCAUCAAACACCUGAUGAAAUUGGCUCCCCUUUCGUACUCGUUGGUCAUUAUGUUAAAAGAUAAAAUCUAUGGAGUUAGGGAUCCGUACGGAAAUAGGCCGUUGUGCAUUGGAAAGAUUGUUCCAUUGGCAGCUGGCUCAUACAGGACUGAAAAAGUAGAGAAGCUACCAGCGGAAGGCUGGGUUAUUUCUAGCGAGAGCUGUGGUUUUCUGUCGAUAGGUGCCCGAUAUGUUCGGGAAGUAGAACCCGGAGAGAUUGUCGAACUGACUCGGGACGGAAUCAAGACAAUCGAUGUCGUUGAGUGUCCGGACAACCGACGGCAUGCCUUCUGUAUUUUUGAGUACGUUUACUUUGCUCGAUCGGAUUCCAUCUUUGAAGGUCAAAUGGUUUACUCUGUGCGGCUGCAGUGCGGCAGACAGUUGGCUCGUGAAUCAUUCGUAGAUGCGGAUAUUGUUAGUUCGGUCCCGGAAUCGGGAACGGCAGCUGCCCAUGGCUAUGCCCGAGAGACUGGACUGCACUUUGCUGAGGUACUGUGCAAGAAUCGUUACGUCGGACGAACUUUCAUCCAGCCGUCGACCCGUCUCCGUCAGCUUGGUGUUGCGAAAAAGUUCGGUGCCCUAUCGGAAAACGUUGCCGGAAAAAGGUUGAUCCUGAUCGAUGAUUCGAUUGUACGUGGAAACACCAUUGGGCCGAUUAUCAAGCUACUUCGAGAUGCUGGAGCCGUCGAAGUGCACAUUCGUAUCGCAAGUCCUCCGCUACUUUAUCCUUGCUACAUGGGUAUAAACAUUCCAACACGGGAGGAGCUGAUUGGGAACAAACUAAGCCCGGAAGAUCUGGCGAAGUAUGUGGGAGCCGACAGUUUGGCAUAUCUCAGUGUCGAAGGGCUACAGAAAGCAGUCCAACUGAAUGUAGUCAAAAGCGAUCCGGAGAAAGUAGGCCACUGUACGGCGUGUCUGACCGGGGACUACCCUGGCGGCUUACCGGAGGAUAUGGAGUGGUAAGAUAAUUUAUUGUUGGAAGGUUUACUGUACCUUUCACUGUUUCAUCCUAGAAUUACGACGUAUAUCAGAUAAAAUAAAGUUUACGAGAGCA